GGUGUCCUUGGGGUCCUCCCCCUCCAAGGCUCUCUUCUUGAGGCAGACUCCCUCCUUUCCUUCUCUGCCCGAAGGAGCCCCCCUCGACGGCGGAGGGGAAGCCACCAUGCAGAGGUCGCCGCUGGAGAAGGCGAACGUGUUCUCCAAGCUCUUCUUCAGGUGGACAAAGCCUAUUUUGAAGAAAGGUUACAGACAGCGCCUAGAACUAUCGGACAUAUAUCAAAUCCCUGCCACAGAUUCUGCAGAUAAUCUUUCUGAAAAAUUGGAAAGAGAAUGGGACAGAGAAUUGGCUUCAAAGAAAAAACCUAGACUCGUCAAUGCUCUCAGACGAUGUUUUUUCUGGAAAUUUACAUUCUAUGGAAUAUUACUAUAUCUAGGGGAAGUUACUAAAUCUGUGCAGCCCCUUUUACUGGGAAGAAUAAUAGCUUCUUAUGAUCCUGCCAAUUCACUUGAACGAUCCAUUGCUUAUUAUUUAGCCAUAGGGCUAUGCCUUCUUUUCGUUGCACGGAUGUUGCUCCUCCACCCAGCUAUAUUUGGCCUCCAUCACAUUGGAAUGCAAAUAAGGAUAGCCAUGUUUAGCUUAAUUUAUAAAAAGACCUUAAAAUUGUCAAGCAGAGUCCUAGAUAAAAUAAGUACCGGGCAACUUGUUAGUCUCCUUUCAAACAAUCUGAAUAAAUUUGAUGAAGGUCUAGCCUUGGCUCAUUUUGUGUGGAUUGUACCUUUGCAAGUGCUGCUGGUGAUGGGACUUCUCUGGGAGAUGUUGCAGGCUUCAGCAUUUUGUGGACUUGGUCUCCUAAUUCUUGUAGCUCUUUUCCAAUCCUGGCUUGGACGAAUGAUGAUGAAAUACAGAGAUCAGAGAGGAGGAAAGAUCAAUGAAAGACUUGUGAUCACUGCAGAAAUGAUUGAAAACAUACAGUCAGUCAAGGCAUAUUGUUGGGAAAAUGCAAUGGAAAAUAUGAUUGAAAACCUGCGAAAAACUGAACUGAAAUUGACCCAAAAAGCUGCUUAUGUGAGAUAUUUCAAUAGCUCAGCAUUCUUCUUCUCUGGAUUUUUUGUGGUGUUUUUGGCUGUGCUUCCAUAUGCACUGAUCCAUGGAAUUAUCCUCAGGAAAAUAUUUACCACCAUCUCAUACUGCAUUGUUCUUCGGAUGGCAAUCACUAGGCAGUUUCCUUGGUCUGUGCAGACAUGGUAUGAUUCUCUUGGAGCAAUAAACAAAAUACAGGAUUUCUUGCAAAAGGAGGAAUACAAAACAUUGGAAUAUAAUUUGACAACUACUGGCCUUGAACUGGAUAAAGUAACAGCUUUCUGGGAUGAGGGAACUGGAGAGCUCUUUACAAAAGCAAAACUGGAAAAUGGCAGCACAAAUAUAUCAACUGCUGGUGAUGGUCUCUUCUUCAGUAACUUCCCACUUCAUUUUACUCCUGUCCUUAAGGACAUCAACUUCAAAAUUGAGAAAGGACAGCUACUAGCUGUUGCUGGAUCAACCGGGGCAGGCAAGACUUCUCUCCUGAUGUUGAUCAUGGGUGAGUUGGAGCCUUUGGAAGGCAAAGUAAAACACAGUGGAAGGAUUUCCUUCUGCCCUCAAGUAUCAUGGAUCAUGCCUGGAACAAUUAAAGACAAUAUCAUCUUUGGAGUUUCCUAUGAUGAAUUCCGAUAUAAGAAUGUCAUCAAAGCCUGUCAGUUGGAAGAAGACAUUUCAAAGUUUCCAGAAAAAGAUGACACUGUUUUGGGAGAAGGUGGAAUCACUCUCAGUGGUGGACAGCGAGCCAGAAUUUCCCUGGCCAGAGCAGUGUAUAAGGAUGCUGAUUUAUAUCUCCUGGAUUCCCCUUUUGGUUAUUUAGACAUGUUAACAGAAAAAGAAAUAUUUGAAAGUUGUGUAUGUAAGCUUAUUGUCAACAAAACAAGAAUUCUUGUCACUUCAAAACUGGAACAUUUAAAGAUAGCAGACAAGAUAUUAAUUUUACAUGAGGGAACAUGCUAUUUCUAUGGAACAUUUUCUGAGCUUCAGGGUCAACGGCCCAACUUCAGCUCUGAGCUGAUGGGAUUUGAUGCUUUUGAUCACUUCAGUCCAGACAGAAGGAAUUCCAUUCUCACUGAAGCACUGAGAAGGCUCUCUAUUGACAGUGAUGGAUUGGGUUCACGAAAUGAAAAGAAAAAGGCUUCCUUUAAGCAAACUUCAGAUUUUACUGAGAAAAGGAAGAAUUCUGUGAUGAAUGCACUGAAUUCAAGCCGAAAGUUUUCUCUCAUGCAAAAAACACCAUUGCAGGCUAAUGGUAUAGAAGACGGUCUUGGAGAACCAGUUGAAAGAAGGUUGUCUUUGGUGCCCGACUCUGAACAAGGGGAGGCAAUUUUGCCACGAAGCAAUGUAUUUAAUCCUGGCCCCACAUUCAGAGGACAGAGGAGGCAGUCUGUGCUUAACUUGAUGACCCGAACCUCAGUUCAUCCUGGACAAAGCCUUUACAAAAAGGGCAGUGUAUCAGUACGUAAAAUGUCAGUAGUCCACCAGUCUUCUGAGAUAGAUAUCUAUGCCAGGCGUUUGUCUCGGGACAGUGUGCUAGAAAUAACUGAAGAACUUAAUGAAGAGGAUUUAAAGGAAUGUUUCUUUGAUGAUUCUGAAACAAUGAACACUGUUACUACAUGGAACACAUACUUCCGAUAUAUUAGUGUCCACAAAGCGUUGAUUGUUGUGUUAAUUAUGUGCGUAGUUAUCUUUUCAAUUGAGGUGGUGGCUUCUCUCAUUGGAGUAUUGUGCAUCAAUGAUGCUGUUUCACGUUCAGCUACUCAAAACGUAACAAAUGCUACCUCUGAUGUUGCUGUUAUUGUUACUCAGACUAGCACCUAUUACAUCUUUUACAUUUAUGUGGGAGUGGCAGAUACUCUGUUGGCCCUGGGAAUCCUCAGAGGCUUGCCCCUGGUGCAUACUCUAAUAACAGUUUCUAAAACUCUUCAUCAUAAGAUGUUGCAUGCAGUCCUUCAAGCACCCAUGUCUUCCUUCAACAAGCUGAAAGCAGGUGGAAUACUAAACAGAUUUUCAAAGGAUAUAGCAAUAUUGGAUGACUUACUGCCACUUACAAUAUUUGACUUCGUCCAGUUAAUAUUCAUUGUGAUUGGUGCUAUAAUAGUAGUAUCAGCUGUUGAACCAUACAUCUUCCUGGCAUCUGUGCCUGUGAUAGCAGCCUUUGUAAUGUUAAGAGCAUACUUCCUGCACACUUCUCAGCAGCUGAAACAACUGGAAUCUGAAGCUAGAAGUCCAAUUUUCACACAUCUUGUUACAAGCUUAAAGGGGCUUUGGACACUGAGAGCUUUUGGACGGCAACCGUAUUUUGAGACUCUGUUUCAUAAAGCCUUGAACUUGCAUACAGCAAAUUGGUUCCUAUACCUGUCCACAUUACGUUGGUUCCAGAUGAGGAUAGAAAUGAUUUUUGUCAUCUUCUUCAUCAUUGUGACAUUUGUUUCUAUUGCUACUACAGGUAAUGGGGAAGGAGAAGUUGGCAUUGUUCUUACAUUAGCCAUGAAUAUUAUGGGAACCUUGCAAUGGGCAGUAAACUCAAGCAUAGAUGUAGACAGUCUGAUGCGGUCUGUCAGCCGAAUAUUUAAAUUCAUUGAUAUGCCAACAGAAGAAUCCAAAACCUCACCACCAUCAAAGGAUGAUGGGUUUUCCCAUGCCCUUAUAAUUGAGAACAAGCAUGCAGUGGAAAAGAAUACCUGGCCAUCUGGCGGGCAAAUGAUUGUGAAGGAUCUCACUGCCAAGUAUGUAGAUGGAGGACGGGCUAUCCUUGAAAACAUUUCCUUUUCAAUAAGUCCAGGACAAAGGGUGGGCCUUUUAGGAAGAACUGGCUCAGGGAAAAGUACUUUGCUGUUUGCUUUCUUGAGACUCCUGAAUACCGAAGGGGAUAUUCAAAUUGACAAUGUUUCGUGGAACACUGUUUCUGUGCAGCAGUGGAGAAAAGCAUUUGGAGUUAUACCUCAGAAAGUAUUCAUAUUCUCUGGAUCUUUUCGGAAGAACUUGGAUCCUUAUGGACAAUGGAGUGAUGAAGAACUUUGGAAAGUUGCUGAGGAGGUUGGACUGAAAUCUAUAAUAGAGCAGUUUCCAGGUCAGCUUGAUUUUGUACUUGUGGAUGGUGGCUGUGUCCUCAGCCAUGGACAUAAACAGUUAAUGUGUCUUGCCAGGUCAAUCCUCAGUAAAGCUAAAAUUCUUCUUCUUGAUGAACCAAGUGCCCAUCUUGAUCCUAUGACCUUCCAAGUGAUUAAAAAAACUCUCAAGCAGGCUUUUGCAAACUGUACAGUAAUACUCUCAGAGCAUAGACUGGAAGCACUAUUAGAAUGCCAGCGGUUUUUGGUGAUAGAAGAUAAUAAAGUCAGACAAUAUGAAUCAAUCCAGAAGCUGCUGAGUGAAAAGAAUUCCUUCCGACAAGCCAUCAGCCAUUCAGACCGAGUCAGACUCUUCCCAGUACAUCCUAGGGACUCAAGCAAGCGUAGGUCCAGGCCAAAAAUAGGUGCCUUGCAAGAAGAAACAGAAGAAGAAGUACAGGAAACUCGGCUGUGAAGAUGUAUUUGAUAUGUGGUUGGAUUAGUAACUAGGAAGGAUUGUGGAGAAAAAAUGUCAGACCAGGGAAUAUUGUAAAAGAACCACUGAAAAAAUAUGGGAGCAAGUAUAGAUUUAAGGAUUACAGUUACUCUGUAACUGCAGAGUUGCAAAACAACUUCCCUGGAUAAAAUAAGUUAUCAAGAACGAAUAUGGCAAAUGAUACUCUUCCUGAAGAUCCCAAGCAAAAGUCUUCUAUUAACAAACAUAUGAGAACCUUUCAUCAUGAUAUAUAAAUUGGAUUUUUCAACACUUCUGACAUUUCCCCUUUAAAAACAAUGUGGAUUAAAAUAUCCGAAUGUAGUACCAAACAAGCUAUGCCUUAUUAACCAGUGCACUGAGUUUAAAGACUAGUAUUCUUUGAAAGAAUCAGCCAGGGGGAAAAACACAUGACUGUUCAGGUCUAGGUCCAGAAUUACUGUAUUAUGGCACAAUAGGUCAUGAAUUAAAUUUAUUAGAUACAUACACUACAAAGCAAAAAGGUAUAGACAUUUAAUUUCUAUGUGACAAGGAGAGUACAAAAGGGCUAACCUUUAGUUCUGAAAAGUGCUGUGUAUUGAAACCUUUUAAGAAUGUUAUUGUGAUUAGUCUUUACAUGUGGAAAGAGAGGAUGAAGAGCAAAAAUUUUUUAUUACAUAAUUGCUCCCAUUAACAAGUAAGAGUUUUGUAAUGCAAAAGGCAUAGGGCUUGCAAGUCUGGGAUUAUUCUGUGGUGCAAUACAUAGGCUAAAUUACAUGUUGUGGUAUCCAUGCUUGUAAAGGAGGGGGGAAAUGAGUCAGAGACAUUGAAAGUACAUUUAAAUCAGUUACUUUAAAUGUCUUGGUAUGAAUCAAUCCACAAUUAUGUUAAGCUACAAUUAUGACCUUACUGUAGAUGAUGAGCAAAUAUAGAGCACUUAUACCAGCUAGACUUCAGUAAAUUUUAAGUAUUUGUAAACGUGACAUUGGAAGUGAGUAGGUGUUGUGGGAAUUGUGUGUGCUUUUUUUUUAAAGAGAAACUAGUGUUCCCAAUUAUUUUAAGAUCAUUUCUCAGUGUAAUGAGAUGCUGUGUUCCAUAGAAGUCAGUAGAAGAUAAACAUGUGAAUUGCAUGCUGGAAUUAGGAUCACAUCUUAAACUGAGUAGGUUUUACAAAGGGACAGAAGUAAAAAAGCAGUUCUUUUCCAUGGACUGAAACAGAUGGACAAGAAAGAGCAGCUUCUGGUGAUACACCCCCCCCCCCCCAAAAUGGGUGAAAGCCAUACCAAGGCCCCCUAAGGUGGCCCAAAUCCAGUUGCAAAAAGAGUGGGGAAAAACACUCCUUGCUGGUGGUCCAAUUCCGAUUGUGGCAUUGGCUGGCCUUGGGGCUGCAGUGUCUGGUUGCUGUGGUCCCAAGCCAAUUGGAGCUCCUUUGCAGCUGGAGUGGCCAGAGGCUGCUACAAGCCACUCGUUUGCUUGAGCUCCAUUUCAUUGUAUUGCAGUGAGAGGGAAAAGGACAGGAGUCCUCGGUUUAGAGUAUGUAAUUCAUAAUACAGAGAAAUGGCUAAUGUAUACUAAAGAUGACGGCAAGAUUCUUUAUAUUUCACAUGGAGUCUUCUAAGACAUGACCUAGCAACCUUGGUAGGGACCAACCACUAAAUCCUAGAAGGUUAACAAUCCCCGUGGUAGUUGGGUCCUGUCAUUUUUCAGCAAGCAUUUUUUUUAAAUGCUAUUUUAAAAAAGAAAUUGUUAUUUCCUAUUGCAGAUAUGAAAGAGAACUUGACUUUUGUGAUAACCUUUUUUUUAUACAUUUCCACUUUGCAGUUAGCUGGAAUUUAUUUAGGAUAUUUAUUUAAUAUCUUUUUUAAAAGAGAAAGAAAUGCUUCUGUUCAGAUGAUUCUGUAUUUUAAAAGAAUUGUGUACCACAAAAACUAUAUUUGUAUAUAGAUAAUUAUUAUAUAUUUGGAAGACAUAUUUUUAAUUGGAAUCUACUGCACAUUUUAGAAAAGGACUAGAACACAGCAAUAUGCCUUAGAUGUGUCAACUGUUGCAUUACAUGUUUUUUUGUUCUCUUGUUUUUUUAAUAUACAGUACCAGGAUUGAUAUUGAUCUCAAGAUUGUAAGGCAAUGUACAAGUAUAACAUAUUCAGUUCAAUUAACCUCAGUCCUGUUGCUGUAGCAGAGCUAGAUAUGAUGAUGAAAGAUAAUGAAGAAUAAGGUAAUGAAAGAUAAUGAAGAUAAUGAAAGAUAAUUAAGGAGACAAACAGCUUUGUUUUAUGGGAAAUCAGCUUUAGCUCCACAUUUUGGAGGACUUUGGUGAUACUUUUAAUUUAGGGUUGGGAUGGACAAUAUUUUCCUUAUGAUGAUUAUAUUGUAUUGGAGGCUACCUGCCAGAUAUUGAAACCAGCAGUGGAUUGGGCCAGAAUGAGUUCUCCCUCUUGCAGUUCUUUCCCACCAAGUAUGCUUCAGAUAAGUCUUCAGACAACCUUUGGAAUUAAGCUCAGGACCAUAUGGGAUCAAGCAAAAGGCUGCUUCUGACCUUAGGGCUGCAGGUUGUCUAGUACUUUUCAGGGUUUAUUCUAAGCUUUUUUCCUACUGUACACGAAGCCAGAAGGCAGGAGAGUUCUCUCUGAUCCAUCCUGUACUAUGUGCCAUUUGGCAUUAUAGUGCAUUCCAUUGUAGAAAGUGACAAAGAAACCCUCAUCAAGACAGUGACACCUGAGGUGUCAUUAUGGACUGAACCAGAAUUGACAAAAAAAUUAUGUAAUGAUGAAAGUCACUACAAAAGUUGGUAAUGAUAAGUAGCACUUUCUAAUGCUAGUGAACCCUGCAGCUAUAGAACAAAGGACGUGCUGGAUGCAGUUGAGAAUGCUUGCAGCAGUAUAGUUAUACCCAAAAUAGCUAGACAUAUAUUCAUGCAUGCAUCCUCUUUGGUAACAAAUGGAACAGUCAAGUAGUUGGUCCUCAUAAUAUAUUACUGGUUGUGAAGACUGAAAAGUUAAUUUCCCCUGUUUCAGGAAAUCAAGCAGAGAAUGACUUACCAAAUGUUGUGACGCCAAUAGUUUCUUCACUGCAAACACAUUUGUCAGGUAACCAAACAGACAACCAUAUACAUGGACAUCACACAAUUGGGAGAAUUGGGAGAAUUUAAGAUAUACCUGUACAUAUGACAUCAUAUUCCUAGGAGAAAAUAGCAAAAGACUUUGAAUGACUACUGAUGAAAGUUAAGGAAAAAUACAAAAGUAGGGUUACAGCUGAAUAUUAAGAACAUUUUUUAAAAAAUCACAAUUUAAAUAACUUUAAAGUGAGUGAUGAAGACAUCAAAAUAGUCAAAGACUUUGUUUAUCUUGGCUCAAUCAUUAAUCAAAAUGCAAAGUGUGGUGAAGAAACCCAAAAACUAAGACUUGAAAGGGCAGCUGUAAAGGAACUAGAUAAAAUCCUCAAGUACAACAAUGUAUCAUUAAUCACCAAAGUGAGGAUUACCACAGUAUUUCCAGUUUCUAUAUAUGGAUGUGAAAGUUGGACAUUUGAAGAAAUAUAAAAAAAGAGAGAAUUAUCUGAAAUAUGGUGGUUGAUACCAUGGACCUCCAAAAAAGACAAAAAAGUGGAUCAGAGAAUAAACAGGAACUCGCCAUAGAAGUCAAAAUAAAUCAGUCGAGGUUUUGGAAAUUUCAUGAGAUGACGUGACUCACUGGCAUGGAAAAUAAUACUCAGCGCAUUUGAGGGCACUAUGAAAAGAACUGCAUUACAAGUGAUCUGACUCAAGCAGGGAGUUCCUGAGUUUGCAAGACCUGAGCAGGGUUGUUUAAUAAGAUGGCAUCUCAUUCAUAGAAUCACUAUAAGUCAAAGCUGGCCUGAUAGCACUGAACAACAGCACACUGUGGUUAUGAAGAUGGAGAAGUUUUCUAUAGUUUUAUCUUUUUCUAUUUGUUUUAAGAAAUAAGUGUGUGUCCAACUAAAUCCUAUAUUUCCAACUGCACAAAAAACUUAUUUCUUACUGUAUAUUUUAUUUUCCUGCUGCACAAAAUCUGCCCAGCUGCCCAUUUGAACAAUGGCUGCUACUUUUUCUUUACUUUAAAACCUUGAUGAUUUUAACUAUAGUAACUCUAGUGUAAUGCACUUUGUUAGUUGAAACAGGGAAUUAGGGGAAUUAUCCACAUAGGGCAUUGCUUUAGAAAAGUGGGUAACUUAGCACUUUAUAUAUAUUUUUAAGAGAGUUAACAUAAAAUUUUAUAUAGACAAGAUUCAUCCUUUUCUUGGCUCUAAUGGUGAAAUAGGGAUCUCCAACCCCUCUAGAAACAUCUGUGUAGUUAUUUUUAAUCUUUUCUCUGGGGAUAGGAAUCACUUUGCUGUUAUGGUUUGGAACUACUGAAAAUCAAAUUGAUUCGAUGUUGCAGUGUGAUAUGAAAAAUGUGUCUGUAUAGUAGGAAAGUAUGGUGCUAUACUAAGCACUCCCAGUAUUCUGAAAAUGUGUAUGUAUAUAGUCUUGUUUAAACCAUUAAAGUCAAAGAAAAGUGACCAUUUGUAUAUUUUAGUUCCAUUGAUUUUAGUAGGGCUUAGGACACAUUCCCACAUCCCUUGUAUGUAUGAAUUAUGUGUGCCCACCCGGACCAACCUCACAGGAGACAAAACACAUGAUGAAACUUAGUAUAUGUGUUUUGUGAGAUAAAAGGCAGUACUUCUUCAGAUAAUGCAUUGAAAAUUUGUGGGAUUGACUGGCACAAGUUGUGGUGACAGCCACUAUCUUGGAUGGCUUUAGUAGGGGAUUACAUACAUUCCUGGAUAUAUCAGUGUUAAUUAACUAUGGUGUUUAUAUGGAGCCUCCAGGCUCACAUUCGUUCUGCUGCUGAAUACCAGCCUGGGAGCAACAACAGGAGAAGACUUUUGCUCUCGUGAAUGUCCCAGGAGCAUUUUGUUGGAGAAUGGUCUAGAUUAAUUUUUGGUUUCAUCUUGCGUGGCAGUACUUAUUAACAGAUAUUUGUGUUACUUGUAUAACUUGCUUUUCUUCCAGUGAGUCAAAGGUGACAUACCUUCCUGUCUUCCAAUCUAUUUUGUCCUGAGAAGAAAUGGCCAAACUAUGGUCACCUAAAGAAUUACGUAGCCCAGUGGGGACUCGAACCUUAACCUUGAAAGUCUAGUUUAACACUGUAACCUAUAUUCCACUGAUGGUUUUUAUGAGGGCUACCAAUUAAUUUAGAUGUGUAAGGCUGUGGUGACCCCUGGGGGCAUUAACACUUUCUAAAGGAGGUAGUGCUCACAAGAUAGGUUUAAGCAUGUGGGCCUCACAUUGUACUUCAUAUAUUCUGUUUACGUCUAUAAGCUCACGGACAUAGUUUGCUUUCCAGUUGUAGUUUAUGUGGAUCAUAACCCUGGGCUAUGUGCAAAACAGCCUGUAGCUGUGACUAAUUUUUAUGGGAUUAUACAAAUUUGUAUAAUUAUAAAAAUCAGAAAUAACAUAUUAUCAGGCUAUAAUACUUGCCAGUCAGGUGGUUAUUAGGUUAUACAGAAAGGUACUAAAAUAAUACUGCUCAAUUAAAAAAACCCUAUUUCCAUUGACAAUGUUGUGUACAAUAUGUCAAUAAAAUGAAUGGUUUGUAUACUGUGUCUAUCAUUGUUAAUAACAAAAAUUAGAUAAAGGAGAGGUUCUUGGAGUAAAUAGAAAAAUGCCAAUUUCUAAACCAUCC